AUGGCCUCCAUCGCCCGCAACGUCCUCCGCCGCGGUUACGCCACCGCUUCGUCGGUCAAGGCGCCCCUCCAGCUCAACUCGCUGACCGGCACCUACGCCACCUCGACCUACCUUGCGGCCCUCAAGAAGUCGUCCAAGGACCUCGAGGCCCUGGCCAAGGACAUUGAGUCGUUUGACGCCAAGAUCAAGUCGGACAAGGCCAUCGCCGCCAUGAUCGACAACCCCACCCUCGCCCCCUCUGAGCGCUCGGCUGCCAUCGCCGCCGUCGUCCCCGCCGGCUCGUCGCCCAUCCUCACCAACCUCCUCACCGUCCUCUCGGAGAACGGCCGUCUCUCGGCCGCCCCCAAGGUCUUUGCCGACUUUGCCUCGCUCAUGUCCGCUUACCGCGGCGAGGUCGAGGUCGUUGUCACCUCGGCCGAGCCCCUCGACUCCAAGUCGAUGACCCGCCUCGAGAAGUCGCUCCGCGGCACCGCCCUCGCCGACGGCAAGACCCUCAAGUUCACCAACAAGGUCAACCCCUCGGUCCUUGGCGGCCUCCUCGUCGACUUUGGAGACAAGACCAUCGACCUCACUGCUGCCGCCAAGGUCACCCGCUUCAACGCCGCUCUCGCCCAGGGCGUUUAG